AAUCUAUUUCGUAUUUAAUGUGAAUUUAGACUUUACAUAUUUGGAGGAAAUUAUGUUCUCCUGUUAUUGGUAAGUUUAAUGAUACUACUGAGUUAGAAUUUUCUCUCACACACACAUCCCUUUUUUUUUUCCUUCUUUUCUUUCUAUUAUUAUUUUUAUUGCAAACAUGAUAUCUUCAACACCAACUAUGAUAUCUUCUCCCAUUAUAAAGAAUAUGGAAGGCAAGGAUAAUGAAAAGAAUAAAUAUACACCAAUUCCACAUUUCCCUGCUUGUCUAGGUGGUGAAUGGAAAAAUCUUGUAAAGACGCCUUAUUUAAAAACAACGAUGAGAUUUAGUGCUGGAAAAUCACUGCCACCACAUCAUUUUCCUUCCAUGGCACAUAUUACUGUACUUUCUGGCUCAAUUCAAAUCGAUGAUUUACAAUCAAAUCAAGCUUAUAUCUUGCAAGCAAAUCAUGACUGUAUGAUACCAGCAUUAUUAGUUCAUGAAAUUCAGUUUCUAGAAGACGUAGAAUUCGAAUUUGAAUUAAAUUCCAAUGAUAUGAUCAUUUAUUGGGAUUUGGAAGAACGUUAAAAAAAUGAUAAUUUAAACAUAGCACAUUUAAUAAUAAUACAACGCCAUUUAAUUUAAACAAAUUUGUUUUUUAACAAAUUUAGGGGUUUUUAUUUGGAGGUGAUAGUGGUGGUGGAGGUAGUUGGAGGGGGGAGGGAAACAAUGUGGAAGGAGAAGUUUAUGAUAUGAAACAUGAUUAUGCAGAGCUUUGUGAGAAAAAGUAUCAACAAGAAUAUGCCUUAACCAAACAAACUGCAUGUAACAAGUCUAUUUUAUCAAUAGUGAUUAAAACAAGUUUUUUUUUUUUUUUUUUUUUUU